GUAUAUAUUCGAUAUACAGGAAUAUAUUUAAUAUCACCGCUGUUGCUUGCAGCAAAAGUAUUUAAAAUCGUAUUCACAAAGGAACGCUAAUGUGUAAUGGUUGAGAUUGUAAUAACCUAAUAACGUUAACAUUCGGAAUUUGUGUUGCCAUGUAGAAAAAUAAUGCUAAUUUUUGUGGCAUUUUCUUUGAGAUGGCAACAUCGCCUUUUAAAGUAAUAAAGACCUACGAUUUCAAUAUGCUCAAUUUAAAAAGUGCUUAUAAAUUUGCUAUAAAAAAAGCUGUACAAUGAGCAUCUGCUGUUAGUGUGGCGAGUGUACGACGCAUUGUUGUUCGUGUGUGUACAUAGAAAGUGCGAGCAUCAGGCGUUGGCUUGCCAGCGAUGUCUGACAUUACAAUAACCAAAUUAACUCAUGGACGAAUUUCCAUUCCAAACAAUGUCAUCACGAACGGCAUCGAAAACAGCACAGAUAGUGACACGCUGAGUGGUACUCUGACUCAUCUUAUGGAAGAGCAUCGCACGCGGGUGGGAGCGGUAACUGGGCCAGAAACAGCGACCACGUCUACAGACGGUCUAAUAUCGAAUGGAGCAGAGCGACUGCGACUUCAAGGCAGUCGGCUUCAGACCUCUCGCUUUGCUUGCUUUCGAUGUUGCGGAAACAUUAUCACUUAUCUAGUAAGGCUGCGUAGUACACCUGAGGAGCUGGAACAGCGUUACAAGUCCAAAGAGAUUGAUAAGUUCCUGGAAAAAGAAAAACACGCAUUUCGGCGUCAGGUCAAACUGCUGCUUUUAGGUGCUGGGGAAUCUGGAAAGUCAACUUUUCUUAAACAAAUGCGAAUCAUUCAUGGGGUUCACUUUGACUAUGAACUGCUGCUGGAAUACCAAAGUGUCAUAUACCAAAACGUUAUAAGAGGUAUGCAAGUUUUAUUGGACGCUCGCGAAAAGCUAAACAUUGCGUGGGGAAGUGACGGCAGAGAACAGGAUGCUUAUGAUGCCAAAUUAAUGGAAUGUAAUUCUCUAGACUUACCCAAGUUUAUGGAGUAUGCACCACAAAUAAGCCGACUGUGGCAAGAUCGCGGCAUUAGAAGAGCUUUUGAAAGAAGACGCGAAUUUCAAAUUAGCGAUUCUGUUAGCUAUUUCCUAGACGAGAUCGAACGGCUAGCUACACCAGAUUAUGUGCCAACGCAUAAAGACAUAUUACAUUGCCGGAAGGCAACUAAAGGGGUUUAUGAGUUUUGUGUGAAAGUUCAGAACAUUCCAUUUGUGUUCGUCGAUGUUGGUGGACAGCGAACUCAACGUCAAAAAUGGACUAGAUGUUUUGAUAGCUCCGUAACGUCUAUUAUAUUUCUCGUAUCUAGUUCGGAGUUCGAUCAAGUUCUUGCGGAAGACAGAAAAACCAAUCGCCUUGAAGAGUCAAAGAAUAUAUUUGAUACAAUUGUCAACAACGCUACAUUUAAAGGAAUAUCAAUUAUUUUAUUUCUGAACAAAACAGACUUACUUGAACAAAAAGUUCGUAAUCCUGAGACUGACAUUCGCUGGUACUAUCCGCACUUCAACGGAAAUCCACACUCAGUUUUAGAUGUUCAGAACUUCAUACUACAAAUGUUUAUGAGUGUUCGUCGCAGUAGCAGCAUAAGUAGGAUCUACCAUCACUUUACCACAGCCAUAGAUACACGUAAUAUUAAUGUUGUCUUUAACUCUGUAAAGGACACAAUACUGCAGCGUAACCUUAAUGCUCUUAUGCUUCAGUAGUAACCACCAUUCUUACAAACAAAUUUAAGAUAUUUUGGAUUUUGUAGUUAUUUUAAACGACCCAUAAAAAGAAUUUUGCAAUCCUGAGACUGACCCUUGAUGGAGCUAUUCGCAAUUCAAUGGGAAGUGAACCUGUUUAUGGUUUCCAAUACCUUAGACACGUGAAAUUUAGCUACAGUGACAUCCUUCGGUAACUAUGUAUAAAAUGAUGAAAAACCAAGACUACAGCAUUUUAUGUGCAUAUAGACUUAUUCAAACCCAUCGGCAAACUUAGUUAUCGUGAUAUUUGUGAUAUAAUAAUAUUAAUAACAACUUUUUAACAUAUGCAUUUAAUAUGGUAACAUAUGUUGAUUUAUAUUAAUAUUAUCGAUAUAUUGAACGGAUGUUAGCAAUCAAAAAAUUUGAUCAUUAGGUAUUUUACGUGUAUCUUUUUUUGAGAUGUACGUCAGAUUUUCAAAGUAACAGAAAUAUUUUUAAAUGGGUGUAAAAAGUAACAUGAACUUUUAUUGACGUUUUUAUUGCUCUGAUUCGGGUUAAAAAAUUCAAAAACUGUUUCCACCCCUAAAAAAAAUAUAUCAACAAAUUAAGAAAUCAUAUUGAAAUUUAAUAUGUCUGUCCAUGGUAGUAAUCAUGUACUAUGGUAGUAAUGGUACAGCAGGAUUGUGUUCAUAUUUGAUUUAUGUUUUUAUUAUCCUGUGCACCUGAUUUAAACGCUGAUUUUAAACGCCAUUAACCAUGGAAUGCAUAUCUAAAAAAGAGCAAGAUUUUUAAGCAGAAAAUACGAAAUUUAAAUAUUACAUUUUAAUAAAACUAGGUAUAUUUUAUCUUGUUAUGACGUUACUUCGUAUCCAAAACCGAUUUUUGUACAGAGCU